UAAACGGUGCGCAGGUGCGAUGGUGCCCCAACAAGCAGAAAAUCUGUGUAUCAGAAGAACCAUGUAGAAGCCAGCACACAGCUAUAUAAGCCCCCUCAAAUUAUGAUCUGAUAUCUUCGCAGAGAGCCUCCGAAAGCUUACAUUCUCAAAGCUGCAUCAAGUUGAACUAAUCACCACAAAAUGAGCACCCCGAACCCUCUCCGCAUCGCCAUCCUCAUCAACACACCCCCCGACACCGACUUCUGGCACGACGUGCACAAAUGCUACCAGGAUUCCUUCCUUGCCGUCGCGCCGACCGCCCAGAUUGACAUGUACGACCCGGUCUUCGAGCGCCGCUUCCCGCGCCCCGGAGAUUACGACCUGGUCGUCCUGACGGGGGGCAAAGCGGACGCGUCCUCCUCCGAGCCCUGGGUGCUAGGGGUGUUGGAGUUUCUGCGAGCCGCAGCGAAGGAGGCACCCCGGACAAAGAUCUUGGGGAUCUGCUGGGGUCAUCAGGCCAUCUCCCGGGCGUUUGGGGGUGUCGUGCGCGCUGUGCCUUCGGGGCCGAUUGCUGGACUGGAAGAUGUGCAAUUAACGGAAGCGGGGAGGAAGUUCUUCGCGCGUGACGAGAACACUACUAGCUACCGGUUACCCGAGUUCCACGUGCGGGAGGUAGCCCAGCCCGGCGACGGGUUCAUUCACCUCGCGGAGAACCAUGAGAUGUUCGUGAACCAGCAGAACACGGUGCUUUCGUUCCAGUCGCACCCGGAGAUUGAGGCCGAGAUGGCGAAGAAGCUGUUGUUGGAGGAGGAUGAUGUGUACAAUGGGGGACUCGGGCAGCAGGAGCUGGAGGCGCAUCUGGCUCGUUUGGAUCGGCCGACGGAUGGAUUGACGGUGUUGAAGCGGGUUGUUGAGUGGGCGAGGGAGUAGCAGAGAGGGCUUCGUACUAUUUUGUGUCAGGGUUUGACCCGUUCUUCAUUGCAGCAUCUCUCGCACCGUAAGAAUACACCAAGCUAGACUC